AUGCAAACAAGAGAGGAUGCAUACGAUCAUUUAUUGUUACGACCAUUUUCCCCUGGAUAUACUAUUUGGCUGCGUCAUGGUAAGAAGCCGGUUGAAGAGAGAUCUGGAUUGAGACGAGUAGAUGAAAAUCUGGUAUCCCAAGUGAAUCAAAUGCACCAAAUGGUCAACGAGGCAUUCAAUUUCAUGAUGCAACAUGGGAGUGAGGACAUCACAACAAUCGAACAUGCAAAAGACAAUGAAGACGUGUUACUGUACUUAUAUGAAGGUCCAAGUCGCGCCGCGCAGGAUUUUAACGAUCUACUGUCAGAUGGAGAGCAGGAGUUAUAUCACGGAUGCUCAAAGUACUCCAAAUUAUCAUUCUUAGUGAAGCUUUAUCAUAUCAAGUGUAUGCGUGGUGUGAGUGACAAGGCAAUGUCCAUGUUUCUUAACUUACUGCGGGACGCAUUCGAACAAGCAAAACUUCCAAAGACAGUGUACGAAGCCAGGAAGACAAUAAGAAAGUUGGGUAUUGAAUAUAUCAAGAUAGAUGCUUGUCCAAAUGAUUAUAUGAUGUACCGAGGUGAUGAUGAGAACUUGACUAGGUGCAAGAAAUGUGGAUGUUCAAGAUGGAAGCAGAAGACUAAAAAGGGCUCUAUUGUUAGGCUCAACGUACCUGUGAAGAGAAAUGAAAAACCUAUAGCAGCCAAGACUCUUCGUUACUUUCCUCUCAUACCACGGUUGCAACGAUUAUUCAUGUUCAACAAGACAUCAAGUGAUAUGUUAUGGCAUAAACAGGCGUGUAAUAACGAUGGUUUUCUUAGGCAUCCAAGGGAUGCUGAAGCAUGGAAAAAGUUUGAUGCAAAGUAUACUAAUUUUUCGACGAAUCUGCGCAAUGUUCGCCUAGUCUUGGCGAGUGAUGGAUUUAAUCCCUUUGGGAAUAUGAGCACAAAGUAUUCCAUCUGGCAUGUGAUUCUUAUUCCGUAUAAUCUUUCACCCUGGCUUUGCAUGAAACAUACAUCUCUCAUUCUAUCCACGCUUAUUCCUAGGCCGAAAAUACCAGGUAACGAUAUAGAUGUUUACUUGCAGCCUUUGAUAGAUGAGUUGAAGCAAUUAUGGAAUGUCGUUGAAACGUAUGAUGCCAAAGAGGGAAACACUUUCAAGAUGUGUGCGGCACUGAUGUGGACUAUCAGCGACUUUCCAGGAUUGGGAAGCCUAUCUGGCUGGAAUACGCACAGUGGGUUAGCCUGUCCUACGUGUAACUUGGUCGCUAAGCCACAUCGGCUGAAAGACAGUCAAAAAUGGUGUUUCAUGGGCCAUCGUCAUUUUUUGAAUCAGGGACACAAAUACGGACUAGACCAAAAUAGAUUUGACGGGUAG